AUGAAACAGGGACUGCUGAUCCAGCACGAUUCAAGCUAUACGCGGCAACGAUGGCACGGGUGCCUCAUCGGCUAUGCUAUCCUUGCAAUCUCGCUGUUCAUUAAAAUGUAUCUAGCCCCACUGCUCCCGAAGAUCGAAAGCACGAAGAUAACUUCCAGCAAGGAGCGUAACCACCAGGACCGACCAUUGACAGAAAGAGAGGACGAGCUCCGCAGUCUUUGGGCGGAAAUACUGCACACUGCGCCUGAGACUGUCGGCAUCCAGCACGACUUUUUCAAUAGCGGAGGUGACUCCCUGAAGGCAAUGGCUUUGGUGAGCGCAGCCCGCCGGAGGGGCAUAAAUUUCUCCGUGGCCCAGCUGUAUCAACUUCGAAACAUUGCGGAGUUGACGAAGCAUGCUGGAGAGGAGGCGAUUGAGGAUCCGCAAGUCCCGUCUUUCUCUUUGACUGGCAUCGCAGAUGUUAGGCAACUUCGCGCAGUUGCAGCUCAACAGUGUGACGUCGAUAUCGAGCUCGUUCAAGACAUGUUACCGAUCCUUGACAUGCAAGGCUUUUAUCUGAAUCGUCAAAGACGCCAACCUUGUAGCUGGCAAGUACCUCUUGCAUUUGAUCUGCCUUUGGACAUUGAUAUGGGGAGACUUCAGCGAGCAUGGGAGGAACGAUUAGCGCAUCAUCCUAUCACAAGGACUCGAUUCAUUGACACGUCCUAUGGUACGUUCCAGGUCAUACUGAAUCAUGAAACUAUACAAUGGAGAUCUGAGACAAGUCUCGCUGCGCUUUUGGCAGCGUGGGAAAGCGAGGAUAUGGGUUUCCGACACAGAACCCACCAGAGCGCCUUGCUAAAAGCAAACGGGCAAACGCCGGGGCGCCUAAUGUGGUAUGUGAAUCAUGCUAUCGUGGACCAAAUCAUGAACGAGCAUAUAGCCCAGGAACUGUCCACCCUGUAUGAGGGCCAAACCGUCUCUCUGCCGAAACGAAGGCCAUUCAAGAGCGUUGUAAACCACCGCCGAUGUAGCAACAGAUUGAGGUCGCAGACGUUCUGGCGCUCGCACCUGAAGGGAGCAAAGUAUACGACACUGUUCGAAGGCGCCAGAGAUACCAAAAGCGUGGCAUGUAGCAAAAUGACACGCGAAGCCGGUAUCAAAAUUUCGAAAUGGCUCAAGAUAUCGGAGUAUUCGAUACCUGUGACAGCUUGGGCCAUAGCUUUCGCACGCUUCGCAGGAGUCGAGGACAUUCCUUUUUUCAUGAUCCGUGCGGGUCGUACGUCGACGCUGCCCGGCAGUGAGGAUGUGAUGGGACCGUUGCUCACAAGGGCCCCUCUGCGAGUCUCUGUCAAACGAGAUGCGCCCAUCGUUGACUUAGUCCGCCGCGUCAGCUGUGAUAUUGAGGAAUCAGGGAACCACGAGCUCGUGCGGGAAGACGAGUUUCGAAGCGUUUGCGGAGAAGCCGCUGAACACCUUGCGUCUGGGAUUUAUAUCAACUUUGUGCCGCCUUCCUCGGGGUUUACUCUCAGUCCCGAUGCGCUUUUCCCUGUCGCAGAGGAUGUUAGAGAUGGAUUAGGAUACCAGACUCUGCCCAUUUUUUCUUAG